UAACGAAAAUGUCACACGACUAACGUCAUCACAGAACUGCUCCUCAGUUCCACCUAGACUAACGUGGGAACAACCAGAACCUACUGGUUACCUGUACAAGGGCUUGUGGCAUUCCUAUCUCUGCCGUCGUCCAGAAAGGGUCACCAAAAGUUGCCUCAGGAACAUCAACAUAAUCUUCCUGGGAGAUUCAAACGCCAGACAACUGUAUGAAGAUAUAUCGCCAAGAAGUUCCUGUAAAGAACAAAUCAUUAAACAAUAUUCAUCCUGGCAUAAACCACUAAAAUGCAUCAACAAGGACCUGAACUUUACCUUAGAGUGGAUACCACACUCGAAUCCCUUCAGGACAUCACAUCUAGUAUGGGCUGGACUGGAUUGGAUAAAAGCCUCCAACAGAGUUAUAGAUGAGGUCCCCAGCACUGGAAGAUACCUAAUCCACAUACACCACUAUCUUCAUGCGGCCUCCGCUCAUCUCAGCGCUCAUAUCAGUAUGAUGGUCGCUAUCAAAGAAUCACUCUCGAAGCUGCUGAAGAGAAAUUCAAACGUCAUUGUCGUGAUACAAGGCGCCCAUGUUGCAUGGGAACUUGGAUCCAAGAUUACCUACAUGCAGGGGGACGGACUCAGGCGAGUCUUCACUGACAUACACUAUGAGCUGUUUAAAGAUAUGAGAGAUCAGGUGUUCUACCUACAGACAGCGGACAUAACUAUAGCAGCCCUAAACAGCAACGCUCAUCCUCCUUUUAACUGGCAGAUCUCAAACAUGGUGACAGGCUUUAUAUGUGUGGUUGACGACAAUGGUUCUUUGGGAGGCAGGUGA